AUGACAUCAUGUCAGUCAGAUGCAGGGACACAACUUGGAAGGAAGUCGGCAACAGUCAUGUUUCCUCAGAUGCUUGUGUUUGCUUUGGUUGUCACGUGGGUACGGUAUGGGCUGGCCAGCGACCUGCUGGCUUCCAAUUACUCCAAAGUGGCUCGCUCUGGAACAGCGUACAGUAGUGCCUCUGUCAAGAUCGGCCAUAAUCUGGCUGAUGUACCGCACAACACCAAUAUCAGCGUCAUGAUCGGGGUUGAGCCAGACUCUCGAGCAAGCACCAACAGCUUCGUCGUUUACGCGAAGAGUUUUACAGAGGACGCAGAAAACCAAAGCAGUGAGAGGAACCUCCCGAUAUCUGAAGCCAGGAUGACGUCAAGCAACACGGACUUCAAGUCCGCACUCAGCCACCUGGCGCAGGAUGUGCGAUACUACACAAGACCAGUGUACAGGGCACAGGACAGAAACGGGGGUCCUGAGCCACUAACCUCCGUUCAUCACUCCCAAGACUCAACUAAAAGAGGCACUGACCAGUCACCUCCUACAGCAAACUACUCACACUACAAGGCACCGCAAAUCUCUCGAUACACAGAAGCGACACAAGAUAAAGCCUCCGGUUUAAACGACUCUGACAGGGAGCCGCUACCUCAAGACCCUUACAGCGGACCAGAUUCAUACCACACAACUCCUCCAGCUCCCCCCAAGUCUCCACUGCCACCGCCCACGGACAUGCUUCAGCUGCAACCGCCGAAAAAAUCUCCCAUGUCUAAUAUUUUUAAAUACGACCCCCAAAAAUCGAAAGAGCCCGUCGUGCAGCCCGUGGAUACCUAUCGAAUUCCGCCAUCGACAGACUUCUACAAAUCGAUUGUAUCUAAUUAUCGAUCUCCAGAUCCAAAAGAGCUCUACACAGCCUCAGUGGAAAAUUACCAACUUCAACCACCGAAAGAAAUUUAUGAACCUGAGAUAGAUGCGUACCAACACGCGAGACCAAAAGAAUCCAUGAAGUCACCUGAGCAGAUCUACCAACCCCCAAAGCCAAAGGAUUCUUUAACACUUCAUAUGGGCAUGUACCAACCUCCAAACCUCAAAUAUUAUUACAAACCACCAAUAGAUUCCCAUGAGCCUCCACUAGCAAAAGAACCCCACAAGCCCCCGUUGGUUCUCUCCCCAGAAUUCUACAAAUCUUCUAUGGAAGCAACCAAACCAUCGAAAGAUCCUCAUGACGUGCCUCCGUCGGCAGACUCACUGAUUCAUCAUUCCUCUCCAUCAGAAGAUGUCAAUGAUCAUCGUCCACAAGAGCCCUCCUAUACCGCGCACUUGCAAGACGACGUAUAUGUAGACUACGACCCUUCUUCACAUAGUCACAAGGAAAAGUUACAUGAGCAUGACCAUCCUCAUGAUCACGAUCAUUCUCAAGAAUAUGUGUACUCUCAUCACGAACCUCCUGCCCCACCCAAAAAUUCAUACGGAGCUCCGCCACCCCCCUCGAAAGACACAUACGGACCUCCUUCCUCUCCAUCAAGACAACCGUAUGGAACUCCACCACCCCCAUCGAAAGACAUAUACGGGGCUCCACCCCCGCCAAAAGACAUAUAUAGAGAUCGGCCUCCCCCUCCAAAAGGUUCAUAUGCAGUUCCGCCACCUCCGCCCAAAGAAACAUAUGGAGCUCCGCUACCUCCACCACCUCCGCCAAAAGAUUCAUAUGGAGCUCCGCCGCCUCCGCCAAAAGAUUCAUAUGGAGCUCCGCCCCCUCCGCCAAAAGAUUCAUAUGGAGCUCCGCCCCCUCCAAAGGAACCAUAUAUGUAUGAUGCGUCGCCAUAUCACCAUGCCUACGGUGCCCCACCAGCCCCACCCAUGGCACCGCCUCCCCCGCCGCCACCGAAACGCAAGCGCUUUGGCUAUUACCAGAUUGGCCGGAAGCUGUACCUGAUCCCCGCCUACUUCACCGCCCUCUUCAUCCCCUACGUGCUGGCCCUCAUCAUUAAAUCCGUGUUGAAGCGCAAGGUUCGCGCGCCUUUCAACUACUGGGCAGCAACACAGAGCAGGGAGCUGGGCCCUGACGUCACGGCAGAACGCGUCGCGAGGGUCGCGAGGGCCCUGCAGGCGGCAGGGCGCAGGUACAAGUGAAGUGGGCCACUUCUGUGCUGUAAGGCCUAAAUAAACCAAAAUUCGUUCAACUGUUGGAGAUUUUAGGAGAAUAUUUAGGUCUCGCUGUGAUGUAGGUAGGGGUUAUUUAUAUUUCACUGGUUCCCGGAAACAAACAGCACACGAAAUUGGGAGAUCGCGCGUCUGUGAAGCUGCUGAACUGACUGCGGUGAAAAGUUGCAAAUGGAUACGCGUCUGGAAGAGAAUUCUCUAUAGAAAUGUAAUUUUGUCGUUACUGGUUCACUACAGAACUUCCCCUACACGAGGCCGCAGUCAGACUAGCAAUUUGCUAGGAAACACUAGAUUAAGACAACAAAUAACCUAUAAGAUAUAAGGUUUUAUAUUUUUAUUUGAAACAUUUUUCGA